UAACUCAGGAGUAACAUGUAAUAUAACAAAUGUUACAUUGUCAGAAUAAUACAGCAAUAUAACUGUGGAGUAACAUGUAAUGUAACAAAUGUUACACUUAUAUUACAUUACAGUUUCAUAACUUAAUUUUAUGUAUGCAAUAUAUCUGAGUUAUGAAACUAUUACAUUACUCCGUUAUUUAUAUGUUACAAUAGACGAAGUAAUAUAAUUGCAAUAUCGCAUGUUAUAUAACAAUGUUAUGUUUAUAUUACAUUGACAUUAUGUAAUGUAAACGUAACCCCCACCGGAUCGCAACAGGCGAGCGUGACGAUCGGCGGAGGGGCACGGGGAGAAUACUUCGGCUUGAGCACCCGAACGAAAGUGACGCACUCGUCCGUUUGUGAAUAACACGAGUUUAUUUGACAGAGUAACCCAGGUAGCAAUAGUGCCCUGCUUUUACUAGCUUUUGAUGUUUUGAGCCCGCGCGAAGCCGGGUCUAUAAGUUAUCGCUUUAAGGUUGCCUUUACUGUCGUCUUAUUAUUUUAGGUUAUAUUGAAACAUUUGCUGUACAUUAUUAUAUGUAUUCUGGAACUGUUGAGUUAUUUCGAGACACUUCUGGCAGAGGACGAGGAAUGUCGGCAGUGCUUUCGACAAUUUCGCAGCUUGUGCACGACCCUUUAGUGUCGAUGGAGGGUAUUGUCGGCGACAGUGCCAAAAGUAUACAAAGUAUUGUCGACCGCGACACGAACGUUGCGCGGAAGUACGGAUACCCGGGAGGUCUUCGAUGGAAUGCGAUCAGCGCCGCGGAGAUAUUCGAGCCUGUGCUCGUUUACUGGGAAAAGCGCGUGGACACCAACAAGAGCAUGCUCGAGCGUUUGCUCGGCACUGGCGUCUUGCUGGAACUAAUGAAUUUGUUUGUACACAUGAAUAGAGAUGAAUUUUACUCCACGCACGUGUCGGUCGAGUGCAAGUCGUGCCUGGGCAAACUCUGUACAGUUAAGAGGGACUUGUACAACGCCGUGGUGAUGAAAUGCAGAUUCAUCAGUCUAGUAUGUAAGUUUCCCGUUAAAACUGCCGGCGAAAGCGUGCGCUGUUACUAGGAAAAUUAUGAAGCGGAAUGUCGAGUGGGUCAUUUGUGAAAUGAAGGAAUCCGAAUUUGCAUCUCUCGACUCGACGGAGUCGAACCGAGCCCUACAGAUUCUGAGAGCUUCAGGAAUCUUGAGAAUAUUAUCUCUUUCGU